AUCCAAAAUUAAUGACAACAUAUUACAUCUAUAUGUCAAUAUAAAAUAAAGGAAUUUAAUGGAUUGAAGAAAGCAAGAGCAGCACCACUUGAUCACUCAUAGCCCACGUUCCCACUCUCAAUCCCAAUUCUAAAGAUUUCUUACAAAAAUAUAUAUAUAUAUAUAUAUAUAUAUAUAUAUAUAAAUCAAAACUAACUCUCAGAAACACAAACACAAGACGUGCUCACAAUACACCACACACUUCACUCUUUCUUCUUCUUAAAUACAUCAAAAUCACAUCUCAAAAUUAAAAACCAUAUGGCUCUUGAGACUCUCAAUUCUCCAACAGCCACCACCACCGAUCGUCCUCUUCUCCGGUAUCGUGAAGAAAUGGAGCCUGAGAAUCUCGAGCAAUGGGCUAAAAGAAAACGAACAAAACGUCAACGUUUUGAUCACGGUCAUCAGAAUCAAGAAACGAAUAAGAAUCACCUUCCUUCUGAAGAAGAGUAUCUCGCUCUUUGUCUCCUCAUGCUUGCUCGUGGCUCCGCCGUACAAUCUCCUCCUCUUCCUCCUCUACCGUCACGUCCUUCACCGUCCGAUCACCGAGAUUACAAGUGUUCCGUUUGUGGAAAAUCGUUUUCGUCUUACCAAGCCUUAGGUGGACACAAGACGAGUCACCGGAAACCGACGAAUAACAGUAUCACUUCCGGUAACCAAGAACUAUCAAAUAACAGUCACAGUAACAGCGGUUCCGUUGUUAUUAACGUUACCGUUAAUACUAGUAACGGUGUUAGUCAAAAUGGAAAGAUUCACACUUGCUCGAUCUGUUUCAAGUCGUUUUCGUCAGGUCAAGCCUUAGGUGGACACAAACGGUGUCACUAUGACGGUGGCAGUAACGGUAACGGUAACGGAAGUAGCAGCAACAGCGUAGAAGUCGUUGCUGGUAGUGACGUCAGCGAUGUGGAUAACGAGAGAUCGUCGGAAGAAAGUGCUAUUGGUGGCCACCGUGGAUUUGACCUAAAUUUACCGGCUGAUCAAGUCUCAGUGACGAUUUCUUAACGUUGACUCAGUUUGGGAGAAAAGUCAACUGCCGAGCUAAGAAGAAGGGUUAGUGGACGGUGAAGCUUAACGGUCGUUUCUUUCCAGUUGCUUCGGCUUGAGCUUGACUGAGUCUGUAAUGAAAAUGAUUGGAGUGGACUUGCAUUAUUAUUAUUUUUUUUUGAAAAAGGAAAUGUUAAUUUGUUGUUGGAUUUGUUUAUAGAUUAGAGGAAACAAUUGGGAUAUUAAAAUUUUUUUUUUAUAAAAAUAAUAAUAAUGCAGAGAUGGAUUAUUGGAUCGUACACGUUAUUA